CUUUUAAAAUGAAUUUUGAACUGGUAGUAUCUGAAAGUAGUGAUAAUGGUGUUUUAAAUUUUUGGAAAGCUAUAGAAAUCUUGAUAAAUAAUCCGCAUACCAUUAAUCGUAGAAUUCUAAUUUGUCAAAAAAUACUUACAGCACAAUUUAAAAAUAAUCACAACUUAUAUUCUUAUAUUAAAGAAAUACAAUCUUUAUCGAUAGAAAAUGAUCUUAAAAAUAACAAUGAAAAUAUAUUUUUAAAUGUAAAUAAAUUAUUAUCUCGUAAUUCACAAUUUGGUACAACGUUAGAAUUUAUAUUUAUUAAUACAAUAGAAAAUUAUGUUUUGUUUGUUCAAAAAUGUAUUUCUAAAGAUAACGUUUCAUUAGGUACAAAUGUAAUUUACAAAAUAGUGUAUGAGAAAGAAGGUAUUAUAUCUAUGUACGUACAAAAAAUAGAUGAUAAUAUAGAUUAUCAUAAAAGUAUUAAUUGGCUUAAAAAUACAUUGUUUAUACGUUUAAUGAAAUGGAUGAAACCAGAUAGUUCCAUUAAUAAUCGUCUUAUUAUCAAUUCUUUGUCUCUUGUGCAUUCUGAAAAAUAUGCUAAAUUAUAUACUGAAUUGAAAUUAAAAUAUGGUACUUCUUUGGUCAAAGCAUGGACUGAAAGUACUGAUCCUUCAAAAUUUGUUUACGAAGAUAUCGCUAUUGCAACUUAUUUAAUAUUAUUAUGGGAAAAUGAAAGAAAUGAAAAUGGCAGUAAGAAAUUACAAUCAUUUGUUGAUCUUGGUUGUGGCAAUGGUCUACUUGUUUAUAUUUUAUCAAGCGAGGGUUAUCCAGGAUUAGGAAUUGAUCUACGAGCAAGAAAACUCUGGGAUCAUUUUCCAAAAAGUACUCGUUUAGAAGUUCAAACUAUUAUUCCAUCAACUACAUUAUUUCCUGAUAUUGAUUGGCUUAUUGGAAAUCAUUCUGAUGAACUUACACCAUGGAUUCCAGUUAUUGCUGCACGUAGUUCAUAUAAUUGUCGAUUCUUUUUAUUACCAUGUUGUGCUUAUGAAUUUGAUGGUAGUAAAUUUCAAAGACAAAAUACAUUUCUUAGUAAAUAUUCAGAAUAUAUUUCAUGUAUCUUAAAUAUGUCCAAAAUAUGUGGCUUUGAUACUAAAUUGGAUAAAUUAAGAAUACCAUCGACAAAAAGAAUUUCUUUAAUUGGUUUCAAAAGAAAUUAUUCAAAGGAUGAUUUUCUUUUACAAGAAAAACGUAUUCAAGAAUUAAUAACUAUUACGUCAUUAGCAAAAUAUAAUUUGAUUAAAAAUGAUAAUAAUGAAAAGUCAAUUAAUUCAUGGUCUGAUAAUUUUAAACCAAGAAAUCCUAUUGAAAAAGUACGAAAUUGCACACAAUUGAAUAAAACUUUAAUAUCUGAUAUUAUCAAAUUAGUUACAUCAGAAUUAUUAUCCACGUAUCGUCCUAUAAAUCUUUCAGAAAAAAAUAAUCAAAUUUGGAAUGCAGGUGGUCAAAUUGAUUUAAAGGAUAUUAUCAAAUGUAUACCCUUAGAAAUGUUGAAACAGCUUAAAAAUGAAUGUGGUGGUAUUCAAACAUUAUUCAAAAAUAAUGGCCACAUAUUUUCUAUUAUUCAAGGAAAAGUACAAUUAAAGAUACCUGGAAUUAAUUCUAUGAAUGUUAAGAAAAAACGAAAAACUAAUAAUACUAUUAAUUCAAUAAAAACAAAAUCUUGUUGGUUUCAUGAAAAUCAUCCUGAUGGUUGUCCAAACAUUGAAAUGAACUGUAAUUUUAAACAUUAAUUUUUAUUUGUUCAGUAAAUCAUUUAUACUUCCAAAUUUUUGUCAUACAUAAAUGCUAAGUUCAAUUCUGUAAUAUGUUUUAUUACAAACAGUAGUAAUUUAUGUACAAGUUAUAUUUUUACGUAUCAAAUAAAGAUAAUACAACUUAUCAAAGAAAAUGUUUGUCAUCUUAGUAAUACCAGAUAGGUUUAGCAUUAUAGAACACUUAAAAAUAAUAACUGACUCUCAGGAUUUUAAUAAACCGUAGAAUAUAAGUUUACUAUUUUAGUGUUAUCAGUGUAUACAAUAUAUACAUCACAGCGAGUUUUACAAAAUUUCUCAAUGCAAAGACAGAGAGAUCAGUCUAAUAUUAUUUCUGUUUUUUCUUCCUUUGUUAAUCUUUCAUAAUUAGAGCAGUGAAAAAGAGGUCUAUCUGAUAUCUCAGACAGGAUUAGAGGAGUUUAAGCGUAUUUAGCAUUUGAAGAUGUUAGUCUAUCUUAAAAAAAAAAAAAAGAAAGAAAAAAAAAUUGAUUAUUUUACAAAC